AAUUUUGGUUUUUGGCUGUUUUGUAUGUUAGUCCUGAUAAAAUUUCCUUUAAUUUAAAGCCUAUCGCGUCUUCCUUGAAUACAAACAUUUACGAAAUGCUGUGUCACUCAACGUAACAUUUCAAUAAGAAUCAAAUGUUUUUUUUAAUAAUUAAUAAAACAAUCAUAAAUUCGAGUAAAAUAAAUUAAAGUUUAUUAUACAGUAACUGGAAAAUAGUACUACAGCACUAAUUUUGAAAUGUUGUUUUCAAAAAGACGUUCAUAUAAAUAUUUAAUUGAAAUUUUACUUGCUAUUAUAUUCACAUUUAUUUUUUGUGAAUAUCUCAUUUACUAUGUGACUCUUGUUCAGUGUUCAUGGCCAACUCUUCAACCCCAUAAAGCUGAUCAUUCAAUUACACCACCAAGUCCAGAAGAAACUCCAGUGAAGGUGAUGUUUAUCGCUGAUACACAUUUACUAGGAUCUCGGAAUGGACAUUGGCUUGAUAAACUUCGACGAGAAUGGCAAAUGUAUAGAGCAUUCCAGACUGCAAUAAAUCUACACAGGCCAGAAGUUAUUUUCGUUUUAGGAGAUUUAUUCGAUGAAGGCCUCUGGUGUGGAUCUGCUGAAUUCGAUGCCUAUGUUCAAAGAUUUAAUUCACUUUUUGCUGUACCAAAAGACUCUCAUCUCUAUGUUGUUGCAGGCAAUCAUGAUAUGGGCUUUCACUAUGUGAUAACACCAUAUUUGAACCAACGGUUUGUCGAUGGAAUGAAAGCACCGAAUGUGAGGAGAGUAAGCAUUCGAGGAAAUCAUUUUGUUCUUAUCAAUAGUAUGGCAUUAGAAGGCGAUGGAUGUUUUCUUUGUCGGCCUACUGAAAUAGCGUUAAAUAAAAUUUCAAAACAUUUAAAAUGUGCUAAAGGUGUAGGUACUGGGUGUAGUAAACCUAAUGUAAUUAAACGAUAUAGCCGGCCUAUUAUAUUACAACAUUAUCCUAUGUAUCGAGAAUCAGAUUCGAUGUGUACAGAGUUAGAUCGAGCACCAGAUGAUAUAAAAGACAUUAAAUUUCGUGAGAGAUGGGAAUGUUUAUCAAAGGAAACUUCUGUACAGCUUUUAGAUUCUUUCAAUCCAAGGUUGAUUGUUGAUGGCCACACUCAUCAUGGUUGUAGAAGAAUUCAUGGAAAAGACACGUUAGAAAUAACACUUCCAUCUUUCAGUUGGAGAAAUAAAAAUAAUCCUUCAUUUUUAAUGGGAGUGUUUACCCCAGAUAAUUAUGUUGUAUCAAAAUGUUAUAUGCCAGUCGAAACUACAGUUAUUUUUAUUUAUAUUAUGAGUGGAGUGUGCAUUAUAAUUUAUCUAGUGUUACGAACGAAACAACGACUAAACCGUAAUAAUUUUUUGAAACUCCAUUGAAAUUUUAUACUUGCCAUUAUUUAUUUAUUUAUUUAUUUAUGUAUUUUAAAUAAUUACAUAGGCCCGACAGUCUAAGCCAAAUUAAGGCCUCAGACAUCAAGCAAGAUACAAAAGUUGAAAAAGAUUUGUAGAUAAUUGAAAUAGAACAUAAAACACGAUGUGAAGGUCUAGCUAUCGCAAACAGCAAAAAAUCUUGAACAGGAACAUUACCAUUAAAAGCAUCAUUCAAAGUAUUUACAAGCUCUGUUAGAUUAUUAGAUGAGACUGGAAAGUGCUUCUGCUUCCAUGAGAUACAAUCUGGAGAUACCGAUAGUGGACCCAAAACCGUCACAAUUGCCAUUAUAUUUUUACAAUUUUCCUAAAACUAUUUUCUAUUCUGUGAUGAUAGUUUUAAUUAUAGCAAUAUUAUCAAUACAAAUAAUUAUUAUCAUCAUUAUUAUUGUAAUGAUGUUACCAUGUAAUAAGAUUUUUUUUUUAUUCAAAUAUUCGUAACAAAGCCUAUUAAAAUUUCUGAUGAAUUAUGAAUGAGUAUUAAAUAUAAAUAUGUAUGUGUAUAUUUCUAACAAUUUUCUACACUUUAUAAUGCUUUUAUAAAAAGAAUGCUUGAAAAUACAGAUAAAUAAUUGUUAAUAUUUAUACAAUCGUAUAAGUAUUUUUAACAAAACUUGAUUGUUAUAGACAGCUUUUGCCUUAUGUAAACAAUAUUUAAUUAUAAUUAUUACAUUUAUUUAUAAAUAAGCAUUUAUUAUGUUUAAAUUCUUAUUAUUGUGUGCUAAAAAUAUGGAAUUGCGAUAAUAAUGUCUAAAAAAAUUCAAGAAAAUAGUGAAUGCUCGGGGAAAAAUGACUAUGUACAAACUGCGAAUGAAUUUAUCGCUUAAAACACGUCAUCGAAAGUUCAAAAUUGAUCGAUGGCUUAAUGUACAUACACACACAUUUAUACAUUUGAAAAAUUAUUAAAACGAAUUUUUACAUCGAAAUAAAAA